AUGUCUACUGACGUUGUAAUACUAUUGCUUGUAGUCGAUGUUUGUUUAGGCAGUAGUUUUGAGGGGAAAGUUAUUGGAGGGCAAUAUGCAACAAUUAAAAAUUUUCCUCAUGUUGCAUUUUUGAAAAUAAACUUGGAUAAUGAUGUAUGUAUUUGUGGAUCUUCUGUGUUGAAUCAACUCUUGUUAGUGUCUGCCGCACACUGUUUUGAGCUAAUAAAUGAACAUACUAAUAUAGGGUUGUAUGCGGGACAUCAUGACAUUUUUCAGGUGAAACUAGUAAGACCGGUGAAAGCUGUAUAUCGUCACAAAUAUUACGACUCCAAAAACGUAGUUAAUGACAUUGCUUUGGUAAAACUUAAGCGCGCAUUACCCUUAGGGGAGUUUAUUAAGCGUGUGAUUUUGCGGCCAAGUAGCCUCAAGCAAGACGGAAUCUUAGCUGGAUGGGGAGCAACGAAUAGCCAGAUGAGUGAAUUUGAUUUCAAGCUGAAGAGUGUCCCGCAGAAGUUGAGGUCUAAAGAUGCCUGUUCACGAAUUGGUACAAUGCACAAGGGAAUGAUAUGUGCGGGAAGUUUCAAUUCCAAUCAUUCAAGACCAUCAAAAGGAGACUCUGGCAGCGGACUGAUUAGCAAGGAUUAUCAAAUAAUUGGUAUAGUAUCUUAUUUGGUGACCUCUUUUCCGGCUAUAAUUGUCUAUACAAAUGUAUCUCACUAUUAUUCCUGGAUACAUGAGAAGGCAGAAAAAAUAUUAUGUCCUAUUGAUUGA